GUCUCAGCAUGAUGCGUGGUGGACGCGAGCGCACAGUUCAGAGUUAGAGGCAGCGGAGAGGGAAGUUCCUGAAGCACGGUGCGGUCUUGUGUCGGACCGCACCGCUUUUUAUGGACCUUUUCACCACCAGAGCCGAGCGAUGGCUAAGAUCCGGGUCUCGUAUGAGUACUCGGAGGCGGAGGACCGCAGCAUUCGGCUCGGCCUCUUCCUGAUCGCUUGCGGCGUGCUUUCUCUCUUCAUCCUGUGCUUGUGCUGGCUGAGUCCGGCGCUGCAGAGUCUGCGCAGCCGCCCGACCAACUGCACGGUGCUGAGCGUGCGCCGCCUGGACGAGCGCUUCGAGUGCGUGUUCACGUGCGGCGCGGACUGUCGCGGCACGUCGCUGUAUCCCUGCCUGCAGAUCUUCGUCAACAACUCGGCAUCCGGCGCCGCCGCGCUGCUCCACUACGACGAACAGCAGCUGUUGCUCAACCCCAAGUGUUCUUAUGUUCCCAAAUGUGAGCGAGAUAACCAGAAGAUGCGAGAAGACAUCCUAAGGUUACAACACUACUGGAGUGAAGAGGGCAGUAACCAGUCCUUCACCUGCUUCUUCAAUCCUCAGAGGAGGCCAGAUGAUGUGCUUUGGCAACGUUCCCAUGAUGCCAGUGUGCUGUUGCACUGCGUGCUGUGGCCGAUGCUGAGUCUGCUGGUCGGGACGCUCAUUGUACUCCUCACGGUCUGCGCUCGCAGUUUGGCCGUGCGAGCCGAGGCCAUUCAAAAACGCAAGUUCUCCUAAACACCACUGUGGACUGACAGACAUUCGUUUUGGAUUCGGAGGUGCACCUGCACACCGCUUGUAAAGCUGUGGAGCAUCUAUAGCUGAAACCUGAUACGUUCGAAAAGCCUGGGAAGUGUGAGACGUUCUGGUGUCACUGCUCUGGUAAGUCCAGAUUAUUUAGGCCUAGCUGAGGACAAUCUAUCAUUUAUCAUAGGAUUAGAGGUACCCCAUGCAACGCUUGUUGGUUUUUGUUUGUCAGAGGUUUGUGGGGUUGAUCCGACAAAAUAAAAACGCCGUUCUUAUGUGGUAUUUGUGGUUAUGUCUAUUAAAGCCAUAUAGACUAAUAGUAGGCUGCAAAAAGCAACGUUGUUGUUCUUCCUCAGUUGCCCUGGUGUAACGAUGAGCGGCUUUCAUUCCACUUCAGUGCUUGUCUCUCUGUAUCGCUUCCAUCUGUGUGAUCUGUGCCUGUUUUAGUUCCUACAGGACAGGCUAAGCUAUCGGUAGCAUGGUCUGACGCUUUAAGUAGCAUUUGCUAAUGUAGCAAGAAAUUUAAACAUUGUCUAUUGAGUAGCUAUGUAUUUCGGCACCUUUUUCUACCUCUUCCAUGUCUCAUACAUUGGCAAAUAUGCCGUGAACAUUCCAUUGUUUGAACUUUUCCUUGUCUCAUAGCUUAUUGUUAAUUACUCACACGAGUGUAAUACACACUGCUGUAUCUUAGUGUAUAUAUUGUUGAUUGUUUUAUUGAAUUCUGCCUUGUGCCCACUAAAUGUGAGGUAUAGUAACUCACAUUUUAUAUUAAUGUCACUCAAACAUCAGUGUCCUGAACAUCACUGUCUGAUUUAUAGCAGCAUCUGUUAUACACUGCAGUGCUCAGAGCUGACUUUAGUCCUAAAGAUAUGCUCAUAUUUAUGCAGAGACACUUCUCUACAUUCAGAUUUGAUCCUCUUUAAUAACCUCAAAAUAACACGUCCAGCAGAAAAUAAAAAUAACGGUGAAACAGGCACACUAUAGAAUAGAAUAUUUACAAUACAAUUACCCAUAACACAUUGUAAAUUCCAGUCUAUCAUUCUAUAAUUCCAGUCAUUUAUCUCCACACUAAAUGUUUAAGGAAUUUCAGCUGAAAAUGUACUGAUCAGCAUGGACAGUAGAGUAUACACAGUGCUGCUAGUGAGAUCUGUACUUCAUAAAAAUAACAAGAACAAGGAUAAUUAAGGUAAUGGGAGAAAGAUAAUUACAUCCUGGAAAUAAUGUAAUUAAAUCGUUGGAAAAGGGUAAUUAAGUCAAGAUAAUUACAUUGUGGAAACAGAAUAAUUAUAUCAAGUGGGAGCAAGAUACUUAAAUCAUGGGAUCAAGAUAAUUAUGAAGUGGUACCAAGAUAAUUACAAUGUGGGGACAAUACAGUUAUGUCAUGGGAGCAAGAUACUUAAUUCAUGGGAAAUAAGAUACUUAUGUCCUGGGAAUAAGUUAAUUUAAUCAUGGGGAAAAGAUAAUUAUGACAUGGGAACAAGAUAAUUAUGUCAUAGGAACGAGAUGAUUAUGAGGUGGGACCAAGAUAAUUAUGUCAUAGGAACGAGAUAAUUAUGAGGUGGGACCAAGAUAACUAGAUUGUGGGAAGAAGAUAUGUAUUUCUUGGGAACGCAAUACUUGCAAGAUAAACACAUCAUAUUUAUGUUCUGCAAACAAGAUAAUUAUGUCAUGUUAACAAGAUACUUAAGUCAUUGGAACAAGAUAAUUCCAGGAUGGGAUCAAGAUCAUUACAGUUGUAAUAGUAAGAUAAUUAUGAGGUGGGAAAUCAAAAGCUAAUAAAGUCCCACGGACAAAUUAAGUCAAUUGUGGGGACAAGAUACUUAAUUAACAGGAAAAUAUAUGAGAAAAAGUUAAUUAAAUUAAAUUGUGGGAACAAGAUAAUUAAGACAUGGCCACAUUUACAUAAGCCUAUAUGAUUGUGUUGUGAUUGUGAAGUAAUUGUCACUCUGCUGUUUUAAUUGAAAUGUAGACACUAGAAAAGUGCUCACUUUAUCUAUCAUUAAUACAGUCCGUGUAGCAUCUUUUUCAUCAAUAGCAUUCAUUUGGUUGUUUAUUACCUUUAUUUUUUCAUUAAAAACAGUUCAUGUUUGUGUAAAUAGUGUACAAUAUACAAAAAUAAUGAGCAGCUCUAUGCUAUGAUUGACAGUGAUGUCCCCGUGAUUAUGAUGACGAUGAUUUAUAACUGUGUGAUGAUACAGAUGAAGGAUUGAUGGGUCUCUAAUAUUAAAUCAUUCCACAGGGAUCUGGUGGUGACUAUAAACACAAUUCAGUUUAGAGGCACAACACAAUGGCCAUGUCUUAUUAAGAAGGAGCUAUGCUUAAGUAUCCUGUUCCCACCCUGUAAUUAUGUAUGGUUUGAUUUCAGGGAUCUCACCAGUGGGAUCUGUAAUACAGAAAACAGUUCUCCAGCGAUCUCUAUGAUGCUCUUCAGUAAUGUUUCCUAAAUUCAGUGUCUCCCAUCAUCCUGGCAGCUACAGGGCUCCAUAAUACAUUGUACUGUAGGUAGUGAAUAGUGAAUAAGUGACUGAGGAAGUGAUUUUAGACACUGCACCACUGAGAUCUGGAGUAUUCACACGUUCAUGGGUCUAAUGACACCAUCCACAAAAUGGUAAGCUUUAGGAUUAGGGAAAAAGUUGCUAACUGUAGUUAAAUGUAUUUAGUAUUUCAUAUUAUAAGUAUAGAAUAAUGUCAAAAUAAUAAUUUAUCAAUUAAUUAAUAAUAAAUAAGAAUAAUUUAAAAAUAUAAAUUCUACACCUAUUUCUAGAUUACAUUUUUUUUUAGAAUUGAAAAUUCUUCAUUAAUCUUAUUCUAUUAGUAGAAUUCAUUUUAGAAAUAAAUACUUAAAAUAAACAACAAAAAAACCCAACCUAUUUAAACUGAAUUGUCUUAAAAUAGGUUUAAUAAUCUAAUAUUAUUAACUUAAAAACAUUAUUGUAGUUUACUGUAAUCUUAUAAUAGGAAAUACUGAAUAAAUCUGACUAUAUUUCAGGUAUAUUUACUUGAUAAAAUGUCAUUUUCUGCAGUGUGGAUGAUUCAAAUACUUUUAUCAUGAGUUGUGUGGGGGGUUUUUUUUCUUUUAAUAUUGCCCUCAAAUACCAUUGCAUUGUUCUUUUGUCCUGAAGCCAGUGGAUUUUUUUAAGUUGGUUUUUGGAUAAAUACCUGAAACAUGAUGUUGAGGCUCAUUUUUUUUACGACAUAUAAUAAAUCAUUAAUACCACACUCCUGAUAUUUUAAAGCUUAAAGGCAAGUACUAACAAGUAGUUGAAUCUUCUACAGCAUCGUUAUGUUUGUUACUCACACUGUUAAUACUCAUUCACUCAUAUCCAUCCACUAAUAGACCACAGAGGAUCAGGGAAAAUGUUUUUAAAUAAAGAAUGAGAGCGUGAAGUUUAGUGCAAAAUCGCAGCUUUAUGUUAACCCUCGAAAACUUUUAGUGACAACGUACAUUACCUCUGAGAAGACGUAGACACUCACAGUCAAGUCACAUUAAGUCUAACCGAUUUUUUAUUAUUUACUGGAGAAAUGUAUAAUCUUUGCUAUUCUGUAAGGAGAUGUUUAUUUAUUUGUUUAUUUUGAGUGUCCAGUGCUCGGGGGGUGGGGGGUGGGGGUGUUGUGUGUGUUGUGGUUUGUCAGUAACAUGACAAGCUGCUUGUUUUUCUUUAGUAAAUGAUGAAGGACAAACCAGUUUAUAGCUGCUUUAACGUUAGUGAUAUCACGAGCUAAUGUGUUUUGCGGACUUUAAGCGUAACUAUAAAUGGAUAAAGAGGUAUUUUAUUAUUACGUGUUAUUCUUUAGUAAAUCGAAUACAAUUGUAAGCUCUGACAAAUCGCUGUGGGAUAAGAAGAUUUAGGAUGUGUGUGGUGUUCAUGCACAAUUCUUUGUACUGCAUCACUGAUUAUUUUAUUAUUUUAACAGCAGACUCGUUUUCGUUUGUUUUCAUUUAUUUCCUUUCUUAAUACUCUGUGGAGAUUUAGAAUACAGCAGGAUGAAAACUACAACGAUAUAAUAAACCUGUAAUGCGGUCUUGUUCCUACUUGAGUAAAUGAAAUGAAAGUUUUACUCAAUAAUAAAAUUUGGUAGUUUUAUUUGUAACUCAUUGUACAUUUAUCAGCCUCAGGUUACUGCUGCUGUAACCCACACAUGCCAUAACAGUGACCCGUAGAUAUGUCUUUACAUGUGUACUGUAUAAACACUGUACUGUGCAAUACCUUCCGUAAGUAUUCACCCCCCUUUCUUUCUUUCUUUUUAUGUUAUAACCUGGAACUGAACUGGACUUAACUGGGAGAAUGUCGUAAAAACUCGUAAAAUUAUGGAUGCAUAAGUAUUCACCCCCGCUGCAGUCAGAUCAGUAGGUGAUUGGUGUUGAAGGUGACGCAUUUUCAUGUUCCUGGACUUUGCUAAAGAACCUAAACAAACUACAUACAUAUUUUUUAGGACAGGAUGCAGAUCCCAGAUACAAGAUGAAUCACAUCACACUUAUGAUCAAUUAUGAUCUGAAAAAAAAUAAUUUCUAUAGUGCAGAUCUGAGAAUAACCUGAUUCAUUUUGUUGUUUUGUUCGAGAUUAAACAGAAAUGUUGUUAUUUAACAAUCAAAAAAUGAUAUAGCUAUACUGCUAUACUAGCUAUACUAUGAUCUCCACUGUAAGGAGAUGUUUAUUAAGCAUCUAUGGAAGGAGUCUCCAGUGUCAGUGGUUUGAGGGAAAGCUGGAGAGAUCCACAGCUCAGAAAGGAGAAUCUGUCUACAGGAAAAUUAUCUGGAUUAUGUAGAAGAAUAGGGUACAAGUGCAGAUUUUAUUAGAAUAGUAUAAUACAAAUAACCAAAGCAUUAGAUAUGAAUAAAACAACAGGCCAAAGAUGAGCAGCGACACAUACGCAGGACACGGAGAAAAGCAGAGAUGGACAGACAUUGCUAGAGAUGAAUUCAGUGUCUAUCCAUGAUAUUAUAACCAUGACAGCAACAAUGCCUAGAAUACUUCACAAACCUAGGUUUAAUAGAAAUGUGUGAAGAGUGAUGAGGGGAAAAAAAGCUAUUAUUGAAAUAAAAAGCCAUAUGAACUCCUGAGUUGAGAAGAGGUCUGAUGAAAACUGAACUGAACUUGUUUACUACAUUUGGAAACCCAAGACUGCUGAUCACUCUAAGACAGGGGAAGUCCAAUUUUAUCCACAAAGGGCUGGUAUGGGUGCAGGUUUCCAGUCCAAUCAAGCAGAAGUCACACCUGAGUCUACUGAAAGCUGAGAUCACUUGAUUAAGGUGGAAUCAGGUGUAGCGCAUGCUUGAUUGGAAUGAAAACCUGCACCUACCCCAGCCCUUUGUGGAUAAGAUUGAACCCCACUGCUCUAAGAGGAAUAUCCACACACUGAAGCAUGGUGGUGGUAGCAUCACGUCGUGUGAAUGCUUUUCUUCAGCAGAGAUUAGGAGACUGGUGCAGGUAGAAAGGUGAGGUGGAUGGACAGUGGUACUGGAUAAUCUGAAAAAGAAAGAAAAAACCCCUGUUCUUGUUUGGAGAGAUUUGACACAGCAUCCCUAAGCAUACUGACAGCGCUACACUGGAGCAGUUCAAAACCUCAAUCUGAUGAAGAAUCUGUGGCAAGGCUUCAUCACCGCUUCUCACCAGUGCUCUCUGUGCAAUCUGUCAGAGGAAUUCUCCCCCAAAAAUUAAUGUGCAAAGCUGAGAGAGAGAGAGAGAGAGAGAGAGAGAGAGGGAAAGAGAGAGAGAGAGGCGGAGAUAUCCCAGUAGACUUGCCUCUGUAAUAGCAGGAGGUUCACUUCGACACAUCUGCAAUUGUUUAUUAAAAGUGUGUUUAAAAUGUCUGAUAUAUCGUGUAAAUAUGAACCUCUAUAAAAUCCCAGAGAAGUCCAUUACAGUUCCAGGCUCUAACACUACAGGGACAGUGUAUGAUUUCAGUUCAGUGAAAUUUCCUGUUCAGCUGCUACUGAGAAAGGAGUUUUAUAAAAAAUGUAUUAGAAAUGGAGUAUUUAUGGAUCCUUCUGAAUUGUUUUGAAUUGUUGUGAAGUUUCUGAAUUGAAUUUGGAAUAUCUCAAAAUAUUUUUCAGAAAAGAAACCCAAUAAAUCAGUGUUCGUUUAGACUACAUCGAAGGGUGUGGCAAAAAAAAAAACAAAACAAAACAAAAUGGCUAAUCAUUUUUAACACUUUAAGUUAACUUUUCAGUUAGAUUUCAGAUUGUUCCAUGUUUGUGAGUCUGAUGGUGUGUUUGUAUCUUGUUAAAACAACAAUAUUUUGCGUUUUUCUACGACCGUGUAAUUGUUCUAAUGGCCAUGUUGAAUGUUUGUCUAUUGCUACCUUCAGAAUUUGUACCUUUUAAAAUUAGCUAGUAGAGAACUGGUCAGCUGCUAAAAUGCAGCACCUUAACACAAAGCACUGAUGAAUGUACGUUUUCCAAACACUUUCUGGAUAAAUACAAGUCAGCGCCAUGAUUUUAGAGGCAGAGAUGGCUUGUGAUAUAUCAACAACUCAGUUUCUGUGUGGGAUUUUAUUAUUUUUAUUUUUUUUUUACAACUAUGAAUCUGCUUUGUCAAUGUUUGUCAGUCGGAUAUUCUCUGUCCCUCGCCUUCGUCUCAACCUGUUGUUCAUCUCAUGACUUUUAAACCAAUGAAUGAACUCAUGUUGUUUAGCUGUGGAGCGUUUCUGAGUGAUGAUUCCCGAUAUUAAUCAUAUUGGUGUUGAUAUUACUGACAUGUCAGUCCGAUAGGCCAUAAUGAAUAAUAAACAUAUCAAUCAGUACGGUUUAGAGCAAAAUCCACACGAUGGAUCUUAUAUCUCAAUGAGUAGUGCCUGAUUUAGAUAUUUUACCAUCAUUCUAAAAUAUUCCAAAUAAAAUAUCAAAUUCUACUACUUUGCAGCGGUUUCAUUUCUGUCGUCAACGUGUGUACGCGCCUGUCAAAGCUUCUAAUUUCAUCUCUUAUUCAUUUAGCAGUGCAGAUGAUGCUAAUUACGCACGUUUGUACGGACCAGGGUUUCCAUGGUAGCCGCAUUUAUGAGAGAGAGAGAGAGAGAGAGAGAGAGAGAGUUAAAUAUUCGAUGAAUUCUUUGCUCAUGUUGUGCAUGAAGUAUUUCAGAGAGCUGCGGCUGAACUCGCUGUAAAAAACAAGUGUAAAUAACAUACAUUAAUCUGAAAUGAUUAAACCAUCUGCCUCGAUCUGUAACUGGAUUUUAAAUGGGGGGAAAAUGGGAAAAGAUUGUUAAUGGGGAAAAAGAUGAGGGAAUGAAAUUGACUUGGUUCAAUAAGUGGUGAUCUUGGAGUUGGUAUUAAAUCGUUUUCAACUUCCAAGCAUUCAAGAUACAUAUAUAUAUAUAUAUAGUUUGUGAAAUGAUUUAGCGAACCAGGUAAUAAAUGCUUUGUUGUGUGACAAAAAAAGAAAAACCAAAUCAGGCUGAGCGCCGAGGGAUUUGUGAGGUUCAACCCGAGUCACUUUAAAUAAAGACUUAAAAAUAACAUAGAGGAGGAGAGUUUCAAUAAAAUGUCCCUGUGAAACAGAUGACUUCCACAAAGCGCAAGAGAAAGCACUGAGUACCAGAAGAUUCCUAACAGCCGUGACAGCUGGCCUGCAAAUACAGUGGAAACCAGGAAAUGAGGUCAGACUGAAAAGAUGUGUUUAUUCCUGCGCUUCUUUUCUCCUUCUGCGCUUCUGAUGAACAGUUGAAAGUGAAGUGAGUGAAAUAUGACUGGAUAUG